AAUAUACAGACAAGGCUACCAGAAAUAAUCUGUGAAAAUAAUGAUUGGAGUGAAAGCCGUGUUGAAGUCUUGAUCGUUAUGGUGUAUGUGAUGCGAAGAAGUCUGUUAGUGCUACAAUGAAUAUUCAGAUGGGAAAGAAGUGCGCCUGUAUUUCAACUUAAGAAAUUGGCCUAAUAAUUGCAGCUUUAAGAUAUUCUUAUUAUUGUUAGUGAGGGUAUGUUUGUGAUGUGACAGCCUAUUAUAAGUGCAAUUUGUAUGCUGGCCUACAGUGACUUUCAAGUAUUUCAUAAUAGUACGUGGGAUGAAUGAAGUCAUAUGGUUGUUGACGUGAAUAUGAAAACAAAACAAGGUGUUUGAACUUUUGUGAACCUGAAGUGACUGGGGCAACACCCCACAAUGGUAAUAAGAGCACCGUGUUUCCAUGUUUCUUGUGCUACCGUCAUGAAUCCUGUGACAGAGUUUUUGUUAAACACUCUUGCGUGGAAAGGACACGAAUAAUUUUUAUCUCGUCGUAGGAGAGCACCAAACUCAGUAAAUCAAUAUGGAAGGAAACAUCGAAAGAGAAUGCAGUGCGCUUGGAGGUCUAUUCCAACAAAUUAUAAAUGAUAUGAAAAAUGGAACGCCUCUAUGGGAAGACCUGGUUGCCAAGGCGACGAAACUCCACGCGUGCCUAAGGGCGACGAUCCAAGCCAUCGCCGCGUACUUGGACGUUUUCCAGAAGAUAGCGGACUCCGCGACCAACACUCGUGGAGCUACAAAGGAGAUUGGAACAGCAUUGACAAGGAUCUGCCUACGUCACAAGGCUGUUGAAGCCAGGAUGAAGACUUUCACGAGUGCCAUCAUGGACUGUCUGGUGGUCCCUCUGCAGGAGAAGUUGGAAGACUGGAGGAAAUCGGUGGUGAAUCUAGAUAAAGAACACGCCAAAGAAUACAAAAGAGCGAGGGCAGAGUUGAAGAAACGAUCGACAGACACCCUGCGGUUGCAGAAAAAAGCACGCAAAGGGAAGAAUUGGGAACUACAGCGACGCGUGGAGACCUCGCAGCAGGACGUGACUGAGCGUCGCCAUAUCCUGGAGGAGACUGAGAAACAAGCAGUGAGGGCAGCGCUGGUCGAGGAACGCAGUCGUUUCUGCCUCUUCGUCGCAUUCCUUAAACCUGUAGUGGAUGAGGAAGUAGCGAUGUUAUCAGAGUUGUCUCACCUGCAAGAAGUGGUGGACCAGGUGCAGAAACUCACCACAGACCCCUUCACCCUGCCACCUGCCAGUGAACAGGUAAUCACAGACCUGAAGGGCUCAGAUAGCAACUGGUCAUUCCAGACACCGCCCAGUAGUCCAAGCUCGCUGGGGUCCCGUAAAUCCAGCAUGUGCAGCAUUAGCUCCCUAAACAGCUCCUCUAGUGGCAGCACGAAGUCGCACCAUUCUCCGAAUCACCAGUACUGGCACCGCUCACUCUCGCAGCAUCCUUUGCCUGCGGGCAUUCUUCGCCUCUCCAGUCUCUCCUCACAGGACUCAGGCUUCACAUCGCAGGACAUGCUGUUUCCGCGUCCCGCCUCCAUACAUGGGGUACAGGUGUCCAACAUGUCAGAACACAGUGGCAGUAACUCGAGUACACCUUCAACACCAUACCCGGCUGGAGGAGGUGGUAACACCACAGGGACGUUGCCCAACACUACUGCCACGUGGCCAAACCUACAAGAGACGUUGCAGUUUGAGCGCGCGGCCACGGCCAUCAUGAGCGAUCGCCCGCACACUAUAUCUUCAGCUUAUGAGCGAGGGCACCAGCGACCUCCUCUUACAGUCUACACGUUCCAAGCACCAGAAGUCUCCCAUGUACAGCCCACCAGUCCAGUCUCCGUCUCUAACGCCGCAGCGACAGCGACCACCGCCGUCACUUCCGAUCCCAACAAGAGUGCUGCUGUUGGAAUGGCCAGUCCUCAGAAGUCUCCCUAUAAGCCUCCACAGAACCAGAUCUAUGCCCGCCCGCCCAUUCCGCAACGUUGCUCCUCCCUGGAGCGACCCUCAGUGCCUGCCAAGACCGCAACUGCGACCCAGCACAGGCCUGCCACCGCAACCACCACCACUGCCAAACACCUCCACAUGACGCAAGUCACAAAGGCCGAGGUUCCAAAGAUACCCAAGACUGUUAUGCAGCAUGUUCACGUGGGGAAAGAUUCCCCACAGCCUAUGUACGUGAACAUGCACGAGCUUGCUACAAUGGCUGCUACCAAAGCUCAAGAAAUGAAUUUCCCUCCUCCCCCUCCAGAGCUUGUCAACAUUCCACCAGAAAAUCAAGAUAAGACUGAACCGGGUGAAAAGGACGGUAGCACAAGUGAAAGUUCGUUGGAGUCAUCCAGUGGGUACGGCAGUCAGACAAUCAUCCCCUUGGUUUGUUCCGCUUCUUCUUCCCUAGACAUGUCGUUGAGUGUGUCUAGUUUGGAGGCUGCUAGCAAGUAUUGCACGCUGCCCCGCUCUGGGGACUUUGCCAUGUCCGGUGGCCCACGCAGGCGACCUGUCUCCACAACAGGGUACCCCAGCAACACUAUGAGGAACACUCUUCUUCGCCGCAGUUCAGUUCAAGUGCAAAAGCCUCCCCCUCCUAUCCGCCGGACUUCGUCAAUCUCCAGCAGUCCUGUCGUCCGUCAGAAUUCCAGUGGAGCCACCACUGGAAUGGGAAGCAUGGCAAAUGGAAGCCUUGAGAACCUGCCACCUCCACCAGCAUUCCUACUUGACAGCACCAGCAGCAGUAGCAGCAGUAGCAUCAAUAGCAGUGGUGGGGGGUCUUCAGUGGCGGCGGGGUCAGGCAUCAGUGUCGCAGAGACUGUGCGUACACUCACAGAGCUGAAACACACACCUGCAAGUCCCAGUGCUGUGCGUCGCAACACGGGGAGCUUUCGUUCGCAGAGUGCCGAUCGUAGGGGAUCGGGGUCUACAAAUGAAGGUUCAGGAGGUCUCAUUGCUGCUAUUGGUGCCAAGUUGGCCCCAACACUGAGUCCCAGAAACUCACGACGUCACUCUGAAGACAGUGGGGGAAGUCCAAGUGGUGGCAGUAGUAGAUUGCUUCAGCGCGGUGUAGUUGGACCUGGACAGGGUUUUUUGCAGGCUCUGAAUUCCAAGUUAGCAAUGCAACAACAGCAGCAACAGAUAGCAGCUCAGCAACAGAUAGCAGUUCAGCAACAUAAGGCAGCUAUGGUUCGCCGUUUAAUCGCCAGUCGCACAGUGCCCGACCCUGCCAUUUGCCAUGAAUCUCUCAUGGAUCAAAUCAAGAGGGGUACCACACUGAAGAGAACUGGUACUAUCAAUGACAAGUCUGCCCCCCAUAUUCGUCAAUAAGAUGUGCUAAACUCUGUCACUUGUUACACUUCUAAAACUUAGGUUUAUACUGACAAGGGCCUCCAUAUACUUAGCUUAGACCUGAUUUUUUGCACAGGAUCAUCAGAUUUUUUUUAUUCAUACAGCAUUAUGGUUAAACAGAAUUUUAUGUUUGAAGUGGUGGGUCUUACAAAGUAUAGUUUGGUUUCUGCACACUUUUAUGGUUAUACCCAUUUCUAUGUAAAUGGUGAUGAGUUUACAACAGUGAAGUGAGGUUAUAAGAAUGCAGGUCCUAGGAUGCUGAUGCGUGGAAUAUAGUUUAUUUCAUUAAAUAAAAGAAUUUGUAUAUUUAAUGAGAGUUCCUUAUGCGUGUGUAGCACAGAAUAAAGACUAGUUUAGUUGGAGUAGCUCAUUUCCAAGGUUAUCAUUUUGCCAGUAAAAGCAGAGAGUAUAUAAGCAGAAUUAGGUAGGUCAUGACAGGUGUUUCUCUUUGUAAAUGAAACUGACAGAAGGGAUCUUAACUAUAUGGAGGUAGGUCAGCCAAAGUCUUGAACUUUUAAAUAAGAUUUUGUUUUUGUAAAAGCAAACAAAUGCAGAUAUUGAUUGGCAUUCAGAAUAUAACAAAACGUUUUCUUCACUGCCAUUUCUAUAAAGUGGAUUGUGAAACUAGCAUCAGUAGGAUGCUGUAGAUUAAGAAAGUUGAAAUUAUAACAUUUUUUAGGUUAUCUUGGAGUUGUGCAGAAAUACAUGUUCCGUAUUGUAAGGAUUUGAAUUUUUGCUACAGGUGUAAAUCCUGUUUGCUCUGAAGAAAGGUGAGGAUGUUAGGAAUUUAUUGAGAAUUGCUAAGAUAGAGAUAUUGUAAGGGUCAAUUUUAUGUUAGAAAUUCAACUUUUGAUCUCCCUGUCCUGUUUACUAUAGAUAGUGGAUUGGGACAGCUGAUCAUUCUUGAGGAUUUGUAUUGUUUGAGGCCUUCACCAGUGACUGCUUAAACAGAGGACAUGUACAUAUUGAGUAUUUCAUAAGCAGCAACAAAUAAAAACAUACAAAAAGUCC